UUGUAUGUGCAACCUGAUACAAGCGCUGAUAGUUCGUUUUCGGAGCGCGAACAUGCUGAGUCUCGUUCAAACGCACAAGCCACACAACAAGCUAUUACAUUACGAUCCAAUACUAUUCAAUCUUCUUCUUCAUUAGAUAGUAGUGAUGCUCCAGAUACGUCUAACUCAGAACUUCAGCCAAGUUCAGAAGAAAAUUUCCCUUUGGUAGGAGAAAACGAGAGUAAUGAAUGGAUAGAUAUACCCUGGGAAAUUUCAGACUUCCCGUUUUUGGGUCCUGAGCCAGGCAAAUCAGAAGGUCAGGAAGGUGGACAAACUUCAAAAAUUGUAACAGAUUUGUUAGAUGAUUACUUGAAUAAAGGUUACAAGGUAUAUACAGAUAACUACUAUAACUCCGUUGAGCUGACAAGAAAAAUGAGUGCAAAUAAAACUUACUUAUGCGGAACUUUGCAAUCAACCCGUAAGGGUAAUCCAAAAGUUGUGACAUCGGCUGAAGAAAGGAAUCAAUUUAAACUAAAACCUAAUAUUGUUGUUGAUUACAAUAACGGAAUGGGAGGAGUAGACUACUCGUACCAAAUGAUUUCCUACUAUGAGAGUAUGAAAAAAACCAAAUACUGGUAUAAAAAGUUCGCUAUUCACAUUUUUCAAAUGUUUAUACAUAAUGCUGCAAGAAUACAUAAUGGUCAAUCUGGACUGAACAGAUCGGAGAGAAUACCUCUACUGAAUUUUACUGAAAAUGUUAUUAUCCACUUGUUAAGCCAAAAGUAUAUCGACUAUUCUGAAAGACCAGGGCAGUCCAAAGAGGUCAAUCAAAGUGGUCAAGUAUUGUUUCAGCAUUAUUUGGAAUAUAUACCACCUACAGAAAAGAAAAGCAAGCCAACUAAACCGUGA